UCAGACAAAUUAGUACUUAAGAGCAAACAUAGGCGCAAAAUUGAAUCAGACCAUUUCARAUUACACAGACGAGAUAAGCAUAAGGAAGGGAAAGUCAGGACUGAGAAAACAGUACUGUAAACGCGUUCAUCAAACUACAAGCCAACCAACAAUAACGUGAUUGUCAUCAAAAGUAGUAAUCCUGUCUUUUCCAAUGCAAUUAAGAUUUUAGACUUUUGGACUUCAGUAAUUGGGUAUUGUCCUARGUCUGUGAUUCUGCAAAUUGAAACUUCGGCUCUGGCGUUGUCUUGUCGUAUUUCCGUAACUCCAGUGGCUCCAAAUUGCCUUCUGCGAUAACUCAGGUUUUGGCUGAGGAUUUACUACAAGUGUUUGGAACAAGACAUCCUCACUGUCGUCGGCAUCAAGUGAUCAAAAGAGGCUGUUUUAUAAAUAUACGGAUAUUUUUUCCGGUUAUUCAGACCAAAGUUACAUCGAACGAUAAAAGAGAACAACUCCUUCGUUCAUUGUCUUCAUCACAGCGUGAUUGCUAUUCUAACUUGGCAAGGAGAAAGUUUAAUUUCCUCCGUCAUCCUUUAAAGCAUGAACCAAAGCGUUUACUCUAACACGACGGCCCUGUUGGURCCCAGUACUUCAUUCGAGUUCCCUAAGGUUGCCAUGACUGCAGCAUAUUGUGUCAUCAUGUUUGUUGCCUUUUUUGGCAAUGUUCUUGUUAUUCACUUGGUUGCCACUCGUACCUACAUGMAGACUACUUUUAACUUUCUGAUCGUCAACAUGGCAAUCGCCGAUCUUCUUGUCAGUUUGUUCAUAAUGCCACUACAGAUCACAUUUUUAUAUGCUGGCCAGCAAUGGAUCGGUGGUGGGUUUGGAACUGUCUCCUGCAAGUGGGUGUACUUCUCUGGUUAUCUUUCAAUCGCAGCAUCAAUAAUUGCAUUAGUUUCCAUCACAUUGGACAGAUACUUUGCCAUUAUCUAUCCAUUCAAACAUUUACCGGUUAUACGUAACACUAAGAUUAUUACGUUAAUCAUUUGGAUUAUUUCAGCCUUGUAUAUGUCUCCUUAUUUGGUAUUGUUUGACGUUGACAAAUCAAUGGGUAACCAAUGGAACUGCCGUAUGAUUUGGACUGUUAUAUCAACAUCCCAAGAGACGCAGUUCGAGUUUGCGCGUAGCUACUUUAUGAUCCAGCUCAUAACACUUUAUGUAAUACCGCUGGUCAUUAUAGCAUGCCUUUACAUUAGGAUUGGUGUUAAACUCUCGUCACGAAAGAUUCCCGGUCACUCCACGGCUAACGUUGUWCGAAAAGCACAGAGGGCUAAGCGGAAGGUAUUGCGCAUGCUUAUCAUUGUAGUGGUUGUGUUCAGUCUGUGUUGGCUUCCAGCUCAUCUAAUACACUUAGCAAAGUUUUACGAGUCAGACUGGUUCAAAAACAUUAUAAGAAAAGCUCCACUUCUAGAGAGCAUUGCCUUUUUUCUUUGUCACGCAAACAGCGCCAUAAACCCAUGUCUGUAUGUCACGCUCAAUGAAAAGUUUAAGCGGGAGUUUUUAAACUUGAUGAGGCACUGUUUUCCAUGUAUCAAGCCAAAAGCUGAACAUUUUCUUCUGACAACGGUGGCAAGCGAGGCAUGAGACAAAUUAUGGAACGUUGAUUUAUCAAGAACUCAUCAAGACUGGCUGAUCUUCUCGAUUUCUACUCUACCGCGCUUCAACCAGUUUACUCAUGAACAUCAAUCAGUAUGAAUCCAGUCUUGAUCCCAGGCCCUUUUGUUUAUUUGUUCAGAGGUAGUUUGAGAUCGAUUCUUGGGCCUGUCCACUUGGCGAUGAUUUGUAAACGUAACCGAUAUCCUUAUCAGUGACAUUGAUAGAAUUAUUUACAAACCAAGAGAAAAUGAGGUUACAAACCGUUUACAAGUCGUUAUCGAGUGGACACUACUUAGUCAUUUGUAGAUUAAUCUAAGUGUUCCUGGGUACUUAACCAUCGCCCACAGAUAUCCGGAUACUUUUGAAAACAGAGGGUUUUUUUAUUACAGCGUAAGCACGUAAUCACCGCCCCGGCUCCCGCACGUAAACGUAUAUAUGCUCACGUACCAUGCAAAGCAUGCACUCUGAGUCAGAUGUUCGGCGUUUUUGAUUUUGUGCACACAAAUACAAUGAGUCACUCCUUUCAAGAAUCUUCGCUUUCAAGUGCGCUGUUUUUAAAAAACUCUCUUUCCGGUAACUAUAACACUAUCUACUUGCCGCUACGAAAGAUAAAAGGAAGAAGAAGCCCUUUUAGUUCAAAAAUAUCCUGUGGUGUGGGUGGGGUUUUACUGUGUAUUCAGCAUACAAGCUAAACAAGGGUAAUUGUAUGUAAGGGCAGUCUCCUUGGCAGCCUACAAGCAUGUAAGGGUUAGUCUCCUUGGCAGCCUAGGCUGCGAUAGAGACUAAUGUACGGUUAUCAUGAGGGAGAUUUGCAUUCACAUCGGUUUGUUUUAAAAUUAUCAACAAAAACACUUCGAAAAGCGAUCGAUGUGCUCAUGCACUAGAAAACAAUCAAAUAUAUACAAACACAAGUGCUUGCAUGAUUAGUCUUUGUUGACGCUUGGCGUUCGCAGUGAACUUGACCUAAAACUCGGCUCUGGUCGCUCUGGUAUCAUACCCGAGCAAACUGGGUACCGACACCCUUGAAUAGCUGAUAAGAAUCAGUAGAAAUCAGAAAUCAAAAGUAGAAUCAGUAGAAUAUCAGAAAUCAAAAGGUGAAAAGUUAAAAAAAUAGUAGUUAUAGAAUCACUAAUGGAAUACCGAUUACUAAUAGAGCUCUGAAGCUUUUACGUCAUAUGCCGUGCACGCAUUGCAUUGUAGGAUAUAUGGGACAAAACACGGCGGAUUUCUUUUGUUUUCUCUAGAAACUGAUCCCACAAUGCAUUGUAAAUCACGCAGGUGACGUAAAAGCUUCAGAAGUCUAUUUUACGGUACAAUUCCAAAGUGGUCGAACAAGGGGCUGCAUUCAGUAACUUUGGCAGGGGCAACUCGUGGAAGCAUUCACCAAUGUGCAUGUGUUUAUUUCUAAAAGUACUAUAUGUAACAUAAUUACGAUAAUUUUAAAACCAGAUAUGUUUCGGCUUCCACUAGAUAAAGUCAGUCUUCAGUUGUCAAAAGUUAUUACAAGUGAAUAGGAAGUUGUUACUGUAUGGAUAGACGGCAUUCAUAAAACUAAUUCAGCAGGUGCAUUUUACAAUGGCAAGWACGAUAUUGCAUAUUGAUUCGCGUAAAAUGCUUUACAGUGAAGUCAUUAAUGAUAACGAUGUGAAGUGAAGUGAUUCCGUUAUUUUUACUUUGACAUCAACUAAAAAUAGCUUUAUCAAAACCCGAAACAUGUCUUGAAAAGUGUGUUUUCUGUAUAUUUUAACGUUAUGCUAUGAAGGUAGAACAUUUACUAUGUAAUAAUAUAAUACAAAAUACAGCUUCAAACAAUGAAUAGUGGAACUAUGGCUCCUACAUUUGUUGAUUGUAUAUUCAACAUGAACGUUAUGUUUAUAAACGUUACCCGUAAUUUACAA